GCUCACCUCUCUCCAAGGACACUGCGCACGCGCCACGACGUCCCGCCUUUCUCCCCGCCCUGCCACGCCCCCGGGGCGCAGCGCGCACGCAACCGCGUUUCCGGCGAGACCUGGCUGCUGUGUCCCGCGGCUUGACCUCCGUAGUGGACUCCGCGGGCCUUCGGCAGAUGCAGGCCUGGGGUAGUCUCCUUUCUGGACUGAGAAGAGAAGAAUGGAGAAGCCCCUCUUCCCAUUAGUGCCUUUGCAUUGGUUUGGCUUUGGCUACACAGCACUGGUUGUUUCUGGUGGGAUCGUUGGCUAUGUAAAAACAGGCAGCGUGCCGUCCCUGGCUGCAGGGGUGCUCUUCGGCAGUCUAGCCGGCCUGGGUGCUUACCAGCUGUAUCAGGAUCCAAGGAACGUUUGGGGUUUCCUAGCCGCUACAUCUGUUACUUUUGUUGGUGUUAUGGGAAUGAGAUCCUACUACUAUGGAAAAUUCAUGCCUGUAGGUUUAAUUGCAGGUGCCAGUUUGCUGAUGGCCGCCAAAGUUGGAGUUCGUAUGUUGAUGACAUCUGAUUAGCAGAAGUCAUGUUCCAGCUUGGACUCAUGAAGGAUUAAAAAUCUGCAUCUUCCACUAUUUUCAAUGUAUUAAGAGAAAUAAGUGCAGCAUUUUUGCAUCUGACAUUUUGCCUAAAAAAAAAAAAGACACCAAAUUUGGCGGAGGGGUGGAAAAUCAGUUGUUACCAUUAUAACCCUACAGAGGUGGCGAGCAUAUAACAUGAGCUUAUUGAGACCCUCAUAGAGAUCGAUUCUUGUAUAUUGAUUUUAUCUCUUCUUUCUGUAUCUAUAGGUAAAUCUCAAGGGUAAAAUGUUAGGUGUUGACAUUGAGAACCCUGAAACCCCAUUCCCUGCUCAGAGGAACAGUGUGAAAAAAAAUCUCUUGAGAGAUUUAGAAUAUCUUUUUUUUUGCUCAUCUUAGACCACAGACUGACUGAAAUUAUGUUAAGUGAAAUAUCAAUGAAAAUAAAGUUUACUAUAAAUAAUA